AUGGCGACGCCGCGGUCCCACGGCGCUGCGACGCCCACCACAUCCUACAGCGCGACCUCCGUCCCGCCAGAGAGCACCCUCCCAAGCGAGCAGGCUGGUGAGGACUUUGCGAGCGGCCUGGCCAACUACGUCUUCAACACUGGCUUCUGCGGUCAGCAGUGGGCCGAUGUUCAGCUCCUGUUCUUCAACACCUCUGUGAAGCUGCACAGGCUCAUCCUCGCCCGUUCUCCGUACCUGGCUCACCUGCUCAUGAACUCCUCGCCGGGCUCGACUCUGCAGCUUCAGUUCAUGGACGAGAACAUCACCCAGGAGGCUGUCUUCAUUGCUAUCCAGGACUUGUACAGUGCGUCACCUUUGAAACGGAUCGCCGACCUUGAUCACACCGAGCUAACUACAGGCCCCGCGAAUGAUCUCGUGACUCCUUCCAACGCCCGCGCUGUUCUCGCUACGGCGUACCUGUUUGGCUCCCCGGCUCUGGUGCAGAGGGCGUAUGCCGUAUGCUCUUCGUCGCUCUCGGCGGACAACGUUGCGCAGUACGUCAACUGGCUCGAUCAACGGAUACCGAACUCGGCGAACGGUUUCUCGGCCGACUACGGCGAGUACUCGCAGCGUCUUCGCAGCGACAUUACCAACUUCCUCAUCCGCACACUUCCGGCCAGCGUUGGUGCGAACCGCCAGCCUCUCAUUGACGCGUACGCCGCGCUUCCGUACGAGCUGUUCAAGUCGUGCGUCGAGAGCCCCGACCUCCCGAUCGAGGCCAUGCAGGAGCGCUUCCAGUUCGCGAAGAAGGUUGUCGCCGCACGCAAGAAGGGCGCCGCCGCGAGCGGCAUGGAGGAGAGCGUCGUCCUCGCUGUCAAGGAUGACGGUGACGGAAUGGGCGUGCACGUCACGCGCAAGCCGAAACGCGCCCGCCAGCUCUGGAAGGUCGAGGGGUAA